AUGCCACUGCUGGAGGAUUCCAUCCUGGAGAACAUCAGCUGGGCUGCUGAGGAGACCCAGGGCAACCAGUCCUCGGAGCACACGUUCUUCUCCCCGGAUUACCAGCAUGUCCAAGUCCCCUUCGAAAUCACCCUCUGGAUCAUGCUCGCCUCCUUGGCCAAAAUAGGGUUUCAUCUCUACAACAGGCUGCCUUCUGUCGUUCCCGAAAGCUGCUUGUUGAUAUUUGUAGGACUCAUCAUGGGAGGAAUCAUUUAUGGCCUAAAUGACAAGUCACCCCCUGUUAUGGACAGUGACAUCUUUUUCCUCUACCUGCUGCCACCCAUUGUCCUUGAUGCUGGGUACUUCAUGCCCAGCAGGCCCUUUUUUGAGAACAUGGGCACCAUCCUCCUCUACGCGGUGGUGGGGACGAUAUGGAACGUGUUCGGGAUUGGCUUUUCCCUCUAUGGGAUCUGCCAGGUGAAAGCCUUCCAGCUGCAGGACGUGUCGUUGCUCCACAACCUCCUGUUUGGCAGCCUGAUUGCUGCUGUGGACCCCGUGGCAGUCUUGGCUGUCUUUGAGGAGAUCCAUGUCAACGAGAAGCUGCACAUCUUGGUCUUUGGCGAGUCGCUCCUCAACGACGCGGUGACCGUGGUGCUCUACAAGCUCUUUCGCUCCUUCUGCGAGAUGCCAACCAUCAAGAGCAUGGAUGUUUUUGCUGGAGUGGGGAAGUUCUUCGUGGUUGGGCUAGGAGGAAUCCUAGUAGGGCUGACCUUCGGGAUGACGGCCGCCUUCACCACGCGCUUCACCAAGGACAUCCGCGUCAUCGAGCCCCUCUUUGUCUUCCUCUACAGCUACCUCUCCUACCUCACUGCUGAGAUGUUCCACCUCUCGGGGAUCGUGGCCAUCAUUGCUUGUGCCAUGGGCAUGAAACGUUACGUGGAGGCCAACAUCUCUCUCAAGUCUCACACCACAGUCAAAUACUUCAUGAAGAUGUGGAGCAGCGUCAGUGAAACCCUCAUCUUCAUCUUCCUUGGGGUUUCCACUAUUGGAGAAAACCACGAGUGGAACUGGCCAUACAUCUGCUUCACUGUCAUUUUCUGUCUCAUUUGGAGAGCACUAGGGGUCCUGGUGCUGACCUUCCUGGUGAACAGAUGUCACGUCAACACCAUCACCAGUAAAGACCAGUUCAUUAUUGCCUACGGGGGCCUCCGAGGAGCCAUUUGCUUCUCCCUGGUUUUCCUGCUCCCAGACUUCGGCCGGAAGAAGCUCUUCAUUGCAGCAACAACUGUUGUCAUCCUCUUCACCGUGUUUGUCCAGGGAAUGACCAUCCGGCCUCUCGUUGACUUGUUGGCUGUCAAGAGGGAAAGGGAAAGUGCUCCCACCGUGGGGGAGCAGAUCCACAUCCGGUUCUUGGAUCAUUUGCUGGCUGGCAUUGAAGAUAUAUCUGGUCACUGGGGACAGUAUUACUGGAAAGACAAGUUGGAGUAUUUCAACAGCAAAUACCUGCAGAAGAUCCUCCUGAGGGAGUGUGACCAGCCCAAGUCCAGCAUCGUGCUGCUCUACGAGAAGCUGGAGCGCAAACACGCCAUCCAGCUGGCAGAGGCAGGGCAGCUGGGCAACCACGACAGGACUGUCACAACAGACAAAAACCUGGAGGACACUCUGAAUCCUGAUGUCCUGGAAAACAUACAGGAAAUAUUGGCAAGAAACCUGUACCGAAUCAGGAGAAGGGGACCAGCCUACAACAGGCACACCCUUCCUGGGGACACCGAGCCCGUGGAGCAGGCCAAGGAGCUCCUGAUCCUCCGGCACAAGAACCUGUGGGUGGAAGUGAGUGGAAGUGACACAGCCAGCUCUGGGAAGGAGAAGGACGACUCCUGCUCGGCGCAGGGUGACUCCAGCAGGCAGCUCAAGCUGUCCCGUUCCUUCUCAGCGCGGGACGCGGAGAAGGUUCCGGAAGGGAAACAGAACCGGUCCCAGUCGGUGUGUGUCCUCCCCCCCCCACAGCCCAGCAGCACAGCUGGGGGGGAGGAGAAGCAAACGGAGAAAGACCUGACUCUGGAGGGGUAA